GAGCCUGAAGGGCAGAUCUUGGGGAAACUGCCGGAGGUGGUGAGAGCGGCCCGGAAGGUGGGCCAGCUGCGAGACAAUGCUGAAAUCCUUUGUUGCUUUGGUCCCACAGAACGUGCAGCUGGAGUGUAUCACAGAGAGUCACGCUCUGGGAAGUACCGGCUCACCUACGCAGAAGCAAAAGCUGUCUGUGAAUACGAGGGAGGACAUCUAGCCACGUAUCAGCAGCUGGAGGCGGCAAGAAAAAUAGGUUUCCAUGUGUGUGCUGCUGGCUGGAUGGCAAAGGGCAGAGUUGGUUAUCCCAUCGUCAAAGCUGGAGCCAACUGUGGCUUUGGCAAAACCGGUAUUGUUGAUUACGGGAUUCGCCUCAACAGGAGCGAGAGAUGGGAUGCCUACUGCUACAACCCUAACGGGAAAGAAUGUGGUGGAGUCUUCACAGAUUCAAAACAUGUUUUUAAGUCACCAGGCUACCCAAAUGAGUAUGAAAAUGAUCAAAUUUGCUACUGGCAUAUUAGAGUAAAGUAUGGACAACGUAUUCAUCUACAGUUCCUGGAGUUUGAUGUUGAAGAAGAUGUUGCUUGUAUGGCUGAUUUCUUAGAAAUCUAUGAUAGCUAUGACGAUAUCAAUGGCUUUGUGGGCAGGUUUUGUGGAGAUGAGUUGCCAGAUGAUAUCAUUAGCACAGGCAAUGUUAUGACCUUGAAGUUUUUGACAGAUGCCUCAGUGACUGCUGGUGGUUUUCAGAUUAGAUAUAUUACUGUGGACAUGCCUUCAAAGUCAAGUGAUGGAAAGAAUACAACGUCCCAAGGAAAAACAAACUUCCUCUCUGGGAAAUUUGGUAUUAUGUGA